AAAGAAAAAGCAGAAUAAAACGACCAAUAUUUUUUCAGUUUCUAUAUGUAAUUUGCUUAGUUAGGGUGUCGUUUUUCACCCUUCAUUUGUUAGCGUUACAUAGAGAAAAUUAUCUAACCUCUUCCACCUCCCUCUGAAGCGUUAUUUAUAUUUAACUGGUACUGAGAGAGUUUGUAGAAUCAUUGCUUCAACUUCUUCCAGUAAUUAAGGAGAGAGAACUAAUGGAGAAGUUAACAGGUCUGAGUCACCUCUUUGUGACAGUCUUCCUCUCAGGAUUCGCCAGUUUCAUGGUGAUUCCGGCCAUCACUGAUGUCACCAUGCUGGCUCUUUGCCCUGGUCGAGAUGAGUGCUCCCUCGCCAUUUACCUUACCGGAUUUCAGCAGGCGAUAAUAGGGUUAGGAAUGAUGGUGAUGAUGCCUGUAAUUGGGAAUCUAUCAGACCAAUACGGGAGGAAAGCCAUGCUCACAUUGCCAAUGACAGUCUCCAUCAUUCCUUUAGCCAUUUUGGCAUUUAGCAGGAGCACUAGCUUCUUCUAUGCUUACUACGUUAUCAGGACUCUCACUGCCAUGGUUGGUGAAAUCAGCAUCAAUUCCCUCGCUCUUGCUUAUGUGGCAGAUCACAUCCCACAAGGACAACGAGCGUCUGCAUUCGGGAUUUUAUCAGGUGUCAGCACAGGCGCCUCCUUUGUCUGCGGAACCUUGGCUACUCGUUUCCUCUCUACAACUUCCACUUUCCAGGUUGCUACAUUAUUCUCCAUGAUUGCAGUGGUGUACAUGAGAGUUUUCCUCAAGGAGAGUUUACCCCAUGGUGAAAAUGGCUCGACGCAGCCAAUUCUUAAGGGAGAACCGGAGGAUAAUCAAACUGACAAAGAUGAUUCUCCAAGGAAGAUAUGGGAAAUCAAGAACAUCCCAUCAGUAAGGGAUGUUACAUCUUUACUCAAGAGUAGUGUUACCCUAUCGCAAGCUGCGGUGGUUGCAUUUUUUAGCAGUCUAGCAGAUGGAGGAAUGCAGGCUUCAUUACUGUACUUCUUAAAGGCUCAAUUUCACUUCAACAAAGACCAGUUUGCUGAUCUGAUGCUAAUUGUUGGGGUUGCAGGAAUGUUUUCACAGCUGCUUUUCAUGCCCUUUUUAGCACCAGUUAUAGCAGAACGAAAAUUGCUCUCAAUUGGGCUUUUUGCCGGUUGUAUACAUAUGUUAAUUUCCAGCAUCGCCUGGGCAACUUGGGUUCCAUAUGCAAUCACAGCUUUUGGUGUUUUCGCUGCCUUUGGACCGCCAUCAUUACGCAGCAUUGUGUCGAAGCAAGUUGGGGCACAUGAGCAGGGGAAGGCUCAAGGAUGUAUAUCAGGCAUAAGUUCCCUUGCCACCAUUAUUUCACCAUUGAUAUUUAGUCCUCUGACAGCUUUGUUCCUUUCUGAUGGGGCACCAUUUUAUUACCCGGGGUUCAGUAUUAUGGGCAUUGGACUCGCAUUGAUGAUUGCAUUCAUUCAAAGUCUCAUGAUAAGGGAUGCUCCAACUUCCAUGUCACAAAAUCAGUACUGCACAGUGGAAGAGGCCUAGUUCUCUGAAGCUUAUGAUUUACUCUACAUGUAGAAAGGUAAUUAUUGCUAGGCUUUGUUUAAGCUGCGAGAGCAACGUUUUUGUACAGGUGAACAGAAGAAAUCUAAGAAAGAUCUUGCUGGAGUUACAGUGAGCUCAAGCUCAGAGAAAAUGUUGUGUAACUACAAAUUAUACAGUCAGUCAUGAGAGUAGUCAGUAUUUAGUAAGACAACUCUCUAUACUCUACUAUUAGUUCCACAAAAUGUAAUAUUCUUCAUCUUGUUAACUUGACUAUGGGUAUUGUUAGAGCUGCUAUAUAGUAAAGAGCUGAAAUGUUCAUAGCA